GUGGUCUUUUGCGUAGAUUGGUCCAAAAACAGACCGCCCGGAAUCAAUGGCAGGAGGUGAGAUUUGGGUCCUCCCGGCUUUCGGGCAAGGCCAUCUCUUCCCCUGCAUCGAGCUGUGCAAGCUCAUCGCCUCCCGAGACUACAAGGCCACCCUCGUCGUCUUCUCCAAUCUCUCUUCCUCCAUUCCCUCCAAUUUCCGGGACGACCCUCUCACGGACGUCGUCGUCGUCCCGGCCACUGCGCCGCGUCCCGGCGGCGAGGGGUCCCACCACCAGAUGGAACAGAGCAAGGCCCUGCUCGCCGACUUCCUCGAGAGCCUCCUCUCGGACCGAUCGGAGAGAUCGACUCGGCCCGUAUGUGCUGUCCUCGAUGUUCUCAUCAUAAUUGGCUGGGCGGCUGAAGUGUUCGACAAGUUUGGAGUCCGGACGGUCGGAUUGUUCGCCUCCGGAGGUUGCUCCGUUGCGAUGGAGCUCGCAGCUUGGAAGGCUAGCCCAUUGGACAUCGAGCCUGGGGAGACCCGUUUGCUCCCCGGGUUGCCCGAAGAAAUGGGUCUCACAGUGUCGGAUCUUAAAAGGCGGUCCUACUUGGUUAGAUUGCGUAAGUGGGGCCAGCAGCAGGGAAGUGGAGCAGGUUCGGACUCGGGUCCGGGUUCUUCUCGACCUUCAGGUCCAGGUGGGCCGCCAAGGAUGGGCCCACCGGGGCCCGGCGAGAAGCCAUACUGGGUGGAUACCACCGAGAGCUCUAUCGCCUUGGUGAUCAACACGUGUCACGAUCUCGAUGGUCCAUUUCUCGAGUACCUAGCCAAUCAAUUAGGUAAACCCGUGUGGGGCGUGGGUCCACUUCUCCCGGAUCGAUACUGGACGUCAUCCGGUUCCCUCCUCCGAGAUCGCGAGAUCCGACCCAACAAGCAAAGCAACGUAACCGAGGAGGACAUCAUCCGAUGGCUAGACUCGAAGCCGCGCGGCUCCGUGAUCUACGUGUCCUUCGGCAGCUCCGUGGGAUUGACGGUAGAGGAAUACGACACGCUGGCCAAAGCGCUGGAAGAGUCCACGUGGCCGUUCAUAUGGGCGAUCCAACCGGGCUCGGGCGGGUCCGAAGAAGGGUACUACCCUCACGGGCUGGAGGCCAGAGCGCGCGAGCGGGCCCUAAUAGUAACCGGGUGGGCCCCGCAGCUCCUGAUCCUGAGCCACCCGUCGACGGGCGGGUUCUUAUCGCACUGCGGGUGGAACUCGACGGUGGAAGCCCUGGGGCGCGGGGUCCCGUUCUUGGCGUGGCCCAUCAGGGGGGACCAAUUCUACAAUGCUAAGCUGGUGGUGCACCAUCUUAAGGUGGGGUACAUGGUAUCGGAUCAUGACCCGGUGAUGGUGAAGGGGGAGGAGAUAGUGAGGGGAAUCGAUAAGCUCAUGAGCGAUGAAGAGGUGAAGGAGAGAGCUGUCAAGGUUAGUAGCGAUGUGUUUCAGGGUGGAUUCCCUGCAUGUGCACUGGCUGAUUUAGAUGCUUUUAGGAGCUUUAUUGACCAAAAAAAUCAUGUUGACUUGAGAUAACUAAUCCUUCUCCAUGAGUUUGGAGGAACAUUUGUAGCAAGGUUCUCC